AUGGCGGACGACCCCGAGAAGACGUCGUGGCUGGAGGUGGCGGCCUGCUGGCCCGUGCACCCGCCGUCCACUACCACCGGCGAUGGAUCUAUCUAUCGGAAGACGAUCGACAUGAUGCCGACGAGCAGGAUGGCGAUGAUGAGCGGCGGCGGCGGCGGCGACGGCGAGGACCGGCUGAAGAUUUCGUGGCCGGAGGUGGUGGGCAUGGGGCUCCUUCUGGCGGCGCGGAAGAUCCGCGGCGACCGGGCGGACGUGCGGCUGGAGGUCCACAAGGUCGGCGACGGCGUCGAGCCCGGCCGCGACGACAAGCGCGUCCGCAUCUUCGUCAACAUCGACGCCACCUACACCGUCGCCCUCACGCCCUUCGUCGGCUAG